AUGACUCCAUAUAAUAAUAUUUCUUUUACACAUGCUUUGGUUCUACAGAAAAUCGAUGAUGAUUUAAUUACUCCAGGAAAUCAAGAAGAGUUACUGCCUUGUUAUUUAUAUAAAACAUUUUCUGAAAUUCACAAUUCAAAUUUACUUAAUGUUAAAACACAAAACAUUGAUGUAAAAAGGUUAUUGGUUGAUGAUGGAGAAUAUCAAAUCACUCAAAUACCAACGAUUGUAACAGGUUCAGCAGAUAAAUCUGUCAAAUUUACCUCACUAUUAACUGGGGAAACUUUUAACAUUUUUGAGUUUCAUAAAGCUGGUGUGUUAUCUAUUGACUUUCAUCCAAUUUAUAAAAAUUUAAUGUUAACUUCAUCAAUUGAUUCAACAUUUCAUUCAAUAUUAUUCGGUGGUAAUGUAGAAUCAUUUUGUUUUCUACCAGAUAAUCAAUACAUUAUAGUUGGUGUACGCAAUGAUAAUUACCUUCACUACAUUAACUUGUUGAAUAAUUUUGAAGAUAAAAAAUAUAACAUGAAUGCUAAUGGUGAUGAUUGGGUUUCCUUUACUCCGAUGGACAUUUCUCCAAGUCCUAAUAAUGAUGGAAAAUAUCUUUUGGUAUCAACAGAUGAUGAGAAUGGAAAAAUCAUGUUGUUUCGUACACAUUCUGCACAACAAAUUUAUAACUAUUAUGAUGACAUAUCUGACAACAGAAAAUUCACAAACCCCAAUCAUUGUUGGCAUCCAAGUGGUAAAUAUUUUUUCGCUUAUGGUGUUGAUUCUAUUAUCAGAAUUUUUGAUGUAGUGACAAAUAAAGUUGUGGUGAAAUUACAUGGUCAUAAGAAUUUGGUUAGAGGAUUAUGGUAUGAUGAUGAAAGACAAUUAUUGAUAACUUGUGGAUUUGAUAAAACUGUUAAAGAUGAUGAUAGGGUUCAGGUGAAUUUAAUUGAGGCAUUAUUGUGUAAAGUAAAAGAAGAAUCAAAAUUUAUAUAG